AUGGAGGUGGAGGUGGAGGUGAAGGUGAAGGGGGGUUUCUCUCUCAUCAACUGGGGUCGGACGGAAUCUUCAUCUUUCUACUUGGCGCGGUCCUUGAUGACGUCGAUGCCCAUCUCGGCGGGGUCGGUGGCUUGCAUGUCGUAGUGGACCCCCUCCAGCACCCGCCUCAGCCCCUCCUUGGAUGUCGCGUACAGCAUCCUCUCGCGUAUCCUCGACGCCGGCGGCGCCCUGCGGACAAACCUCUCUCCUGUGUCAUACUCGAGAGAGAAGAGAGAGAGAGAGAGAGAGAGGGUUCGCUUUCUUUGGGUGGGGGCUCCCUCAGAUGUUGCCGUUGCGUUCAUCCAAAGAAGAGUGAGGAAGGGUCUGGCAGGAUUUACUCGCUUGAGUUGGGACGGCUAGAGUUUGUGUGUGUGUGUGUGUGAGAGAGAGAGAGAGAGAACCAUGCAAUGAAGAAGAUCUUGCUCUUGGGGCAGUUGUCGACGGAGAGGAAGUCGAAGUCGAGGACGGCGUAGCGGCAGUCGUCGGAGGGGAGGGAGGCGGCGAGGCCCUCGUAGCCCUCGCCGGGGGGGCCGAUCUUGUCCACCAGCACCGCCCUCGACCUCUCAUCGAUCCUGUACACCACGUACCUGUGCACCCUCUUCCACUUCAUCUCCAUGAACCACCUCUUGCACUCCUCCUCCACCUUCAUCCCCGUCGUCGCCUGCACACACAACCAACCCCCUUCGUCAUCUCCCUUUCUCUCCCUCUAAAAACUCCUCUCCCUCUCUCUAUCCAUCUAUCUAUCUCACCAUCUUGA